AUGCAAUCCGCUCUCAUCCGGUCGGCCAUCCGCGCAACCACAAAACCCACCCUCACUCGCUCGUUCUCGAUUGCGCCGUCGCUCAUGGCAGAAGGCGAUGCUGGUACGCCAAAGCCGUCAGGCUUUGUGUCCGAGAAGGAUCAAUUCGCUCGCCGUGAGGCAGCAAACGAAGGAAUGUAUAUCCAUCAACUUGAGAAGGAAAAACUUGAGCUUCUCCGAAAGAAGUUGAAGGAAAACAAGAAGCACACAGACGAACUUGACAAGCACUUGGAGGAGCUACUUGGAGGACAGGGCGGUGAGAAGAACUAG